CGGACACUUGAGCUGGGCCGGGGGACUGAAGCGAGCCAGUGGCCAUGCGGACUGUGCGGGGUUCCAAAGCCCGUAGCCCGGCCUCCCUCCCUCCAGCGGCGGCGACUCGGCGGCCGCAAGAGUAACCUGCCUUUGUUCCGAGCGCCCGUCCCUCCCGUCGUCCCAGCCCCUCACGCCGCGCGCUCCGGCCGGCCCGCACUAGGUCCCCGAACCCUCAUUCGGCUCGUGCCGCGCGGAUGCGGCUGCGGGCCUGGGCUUGGGCUUUGAGCGGGAGGAGGAGGAGCGGCGGCGCCUUGGCGGCAUGCGAUGGGGAACUGCUGCUGGACCCAGUGCUUUGGGAUCCUCCGCAAGGAAGCGGGGCGGCUGCAGCGUGUAGGAGGCGGUGGAGGAGUGUGGACAUAUCAUUGGAACAGCUAUAACAAAGGAGAUGCUUACUUGAUUUCUUGUUUCACCAGUCGGAACAGAAGAUCCAAGUAUUUUAGAACAUGCUCAAGAGGUGAGCACCUAACUAUAGAGUUUGAGAAUCUAGUAGAAAGUGAUGAAGGGGAAAGCCCAGGAAGCAGUCAUAGGCCCCUUACUGAGGAAGAAAUUGUUGACCUAAGGGAAAGGCAUUAUGAUUCUAUUGCUGAAAAACAAAAAGAUCUUGAUAAGAAAAUUCAAAAAGAGUUAGCCUUACAAGAAGAGAAGUUAAGACUAGAAGAAGAAGCUUUAUACGCUGCACAGCGUGAAGCAGCCAGGGCAGCAAAGCAGCGAAAGCUCUUGGAGCAAGAAAGGCAGAGAGUUGUACAGCGGUACCAUCCUUCAAAUAGUGGAGAAUAUCAAAGUUCAGGACCAGAAGACGACUUUGAAUCUUGUUUGAGAAAUAUAAAGUCACAAUAUGAAGUUUUCCGAAGUAGUAGACUCUCAUCAGAUGCUACAGUUUUGACACCAAAUACAGAAAGCAGUUGUGAUUUAAUGACCAAAACUAAAUCAACUAGUGGAAAUGAUGACAGCACAUCCUUAGAUCUAGAAUGGGAAGAUGAAGAAGGAAUGAAUCGAAUGCUUCCAAUGAGAGAACGUUCCAAAACAGAGGAAGACAUUCUCCGGGCAGCACUUAAGGCUAGCAGCAGGAAGACUGGAAGCAAUCCUACGUCAGCCUCUGAUGAUUCCAACGGGCUGGAGUGGGAGAAUGAUUUUGUUAGUGCUGAAAUGGAUGAUAAUGGCAAUUCUGAGUAUUCUGGAUUUGUGAAUCCUGUAUUAGAACUGUAUGAUUCUGGCAUAAAGCAAUCAGAUGCAGAUCAACAGAAACGAUAGGGUAAAACUAUUUGAACCCUGUUUUAUCAGUUAAGACCAAAUGUUAAAAACCAUCUAGAAUGUAUAAAUGUUUGUGCUGAGCCUUUUUGUAAGAGGGAGGUAAGAAAUCAUGUGAAUGCAUAUUAGAAAGGAAUAGGAAUGAUAGGCUAUAUCUGAAUUGCUUCAGAAUUAAGUGCAAUUUCAUCAUCUGCCUUCUGCUUUUCAAAAACAAUUUAAUGGUUCUGUCAUGUCAAAAUUAUUUUUCUUUAUAGCAUUCCUAUUUACUAUUUGUACUUCACUUUAAAAAUAGUUCUAUUAAUUUUACCUUGAAUGCUUUCUUAAGCUUAUUUUAGUAGCUAACUGAAAAUAUCACAGCAUUUUGCGUUAAUUCUCAGCAGAUGUGAAGGGAGCAUGAGGAAGAACUGUCAGAUUCAGAUUUAGAAUAGUAUUCCCUUUUCCAGUAUUAUUUAUUUCUAUGACUUAUUUAAAUUGUUUUACCUAAUAGUAAGCACAAUUCAUCUGAGUAUAUGACUCUAAAGAAAUGCUGAAGUACUAGUUUCUUUCUACAUGUAUUGCAUAUCCUGUAUAAAAAUAUUGAUUCAAUCUAAACAAAGAAUAUAUAAUACAUUAAAAUAAGCUUUCAGAGUUUGAACACUUAAAGUUGAUAAUCAAAAGUGAUAUGUAAGAAAAUACAAAUACUUAGGUUUUUCACUUCAAUUACAUGCCACUAUAAAUAAAUACUGACUUUAAGUUCAUUGAUAUUAAAUUUCUAGGUGUCACUUUUUUUAAUUCUGUAUUUCUAAUGAAUGGUCUUAGAAGGAUUUUACACAGAACAUAUUGUCUGUGCCUGAUUUAUUAAGAAAAGAAAACCUUAAAAGGUAAUACGGGUAUUUCAAAGUAAAUAAUGUCCUUUCUGAUAUGAAAGGAUCCAUUAAUUUUAUUAAGCUUUCCUUUGCCUUGUAAUACAAGGUGCUUUAAUGGGAUGGAAGUAAGUUUAUUGAUAUACAUAACUGCAUUUUGUGAUGUGCCAUUAACUCUUCUUUUCCCUAAAUUUGUGUAUCAAUUUAAAAGGCCAAGGAUAUAAGGCACUCCCUAAUGGCUUGUCUUGAUUUGAUUGAGGAUUGAGUAUGAUUUUAGUAAUACAAACUGCUGUUUUGAUUUUUCCUUAGUGUUGUUUCUUCUUCUUUUUCUUGCAACAAUGACAGUGCAUGUUCUCAAAAAUAUAGGAAGGUCCAGAUAUAAAUAGUAACUUAAAGUUCUUGCUGUACUUUAAAAAGAAAAAUCGUGUGGCCCUUUCAAUAUGUGAACUGCUAGGCAAUGAUAUCUGCUGUGUCAUCUCCUUUUUUUAUCUCAUAGGAAUAAUGUGAUACUUUAAAUAUGUAAAUAUAUUAGUAAUGCUAUUAUGUCUGUCUUAACAUAAUUUAAGUUGUAGCUAUGUCAUUGGAAAUAUUUUAAACGUAAUCUAUAUUCACAUUGCCUGUGUUAAUGCUUUUUAAAGUUUCUAUACAUCAGAUGUAUAUUUUUGGUUCGGCAUAAGCUACUAUUGUAAUUUUUCUUGGCAUUUUGUUCACAAAGAAUUUUUUGAAGGAAUGGUAACUUCUCAAGGAUUGUGAAUAAAUACAUUUUUACAUUUAAAAAUAA